CCCCAACAGCUUCGUGUCUUUAUCCAUACCUUUUUUGUCCUCUCCUUCUCUUCUUCCCUCCCCCCCAAACUUCAACCCCUUCCUCUGUACUUCGACCCUGCGAAGCUCCCGAUCUUCCUUUUUCUGUUAAUUAUUAUUAAUGUCUUCUUCGUCUUCCUCCUCUUCAUCUUCAUCAUCAUCGGAAGAUGGCAAUGGAAGAAGAGCAGCCGCAGCCCACGAGGGCCCUUCAUCCCCCCGCAGGCGCCGCGCUGGGGCCAAUGACGUCUGGCCCGAGCCAUUCCUCGAGGCCCUCGCUGCCGAAGUUGCUAUCGAUGCCGCCCGCUCCUUCGGCCGCCUCGCCGCUGGGCCUGCCCUCGCCAACUUAUUUCAGGUCGGCCGAACGUGGUGGGCUGUGAACGGGUCGGACCUCUUGUGGGCCCGACUGACCCGGCAGAUCUGGGGGCGGACCCACUUAACCUAUGCCACGUGGCGGGACGAGUAUGUGUACCACCAUCGCACGUCAUUGAACUUUCGGGUCCAGCGCUAUGUCCAUUCCACCCUUCACUUUGACCCAUCGGAGGUCGCCGAACCCGUGGGUCUUAUCUGCCGUUGCCUCACACUGUCGGACCGCUUCCUGGUUUGUGGAUUCGCCGACGGGACGGUCCGCCUCUUUGACCUCUUGACACUACUGCAUGUCAAUACCUUCCGGCCCCACCCGGGCGGCGGCCUCGGCCUCCACCCUCGGGCAGUUUCCGGGAUUGUGAUCUCUGAACCAAGGCUUGUGUUUGCAACUCUAGAUGGGGACAUCCACGUGGCAAUGAUCGACGGUGGGGCCCAGUUGCGCAGGGCCCACAUGGGCGAUGUGGUCAGUGAUGGGGCCCUUGUGGACUUUGCGGGCUGUGACAGGUGGUGGGUAGGACUGUAUGCCGGAGUGCCGGGUCGUGCCUUCCACAUAUGGGACGGUGACUCUGAGGAACUCGUCUUUGUGGGUGGGACAUUGACUGACCCGGAGUCGGUCCGGGGGUGGCAUAUGCUCACCGAGUUGACCCAAUUUGUCGCACGAGUCAGGGUCACGGGGCAUGAAUCCGCUGUGGCAUGUACCAGCACUCGCGCCAUCGCAAUCCACCUGAGAGACCAGGGGGUGAUCUUGGAUAGACACCGUUACAGGAGGGGUUUAAUUGUGACGGCAACAGACGCGAAUGCUGAAUCCUAUAUUGUCGUGGACACCCGGGGCCUCGCCGUGGUGCGCCGAGUGGAGACAGGGGAGGAGGUCUGCCGCCGGUUCACGGUGAGGGGGGCGUCCCAGGGCAGGGUAAUGGGCUGCAUGAACCUCGGGUACGCGCUAAUGUGUGUGGGGGGCGUGACCGAUAUAUGGGACGUGGAGCGUGGUGAAUACCUCUACAGCCUCGCCGAGAGGAUGGGGGAGGUGACGGCGAUCGUAGCAAACGAGCGGUACGUGGCAGCAUACUGCAGCGACGCUGCCAUGAUACACCUGUGGGACUUUGGUGCGCAGUGAUAACAGGAGCCAUGGUGAUAAAACGGGGCAAUAGCUGACUUGGUGACUCUUUGACCGUGGGGAGGAUUGCUGUAUGUGUCUAGGAAGCAAAAAUCUAAUUCACACCAAUCAACCGCUGUAAUUAACAGAUAUCAAUCCGACAUUAGGGAGACUUACUAGAUUUUGAUGGGAUUCUUCGGUUGUUUCUUUGUGGGGGUGGGAAGGAAGAGGGUGUUGACUCAUUGGUUUGGCUUUUGACUCUAACGUUUGACCUGGGUUUUUGGGUGGGGUGUACGGGGAGGGGACAUUUUAUUAAUUAGAGGGGUACUGAAAUUUGGAUUUGGUUGGUGGUGGUUUCAUUUCUGGACUGUACAGUCAAAUCAAAGGCCGGGGAGUCGCACACUCUGAUCAAGGCAAUAGGCUUUUUAGCGUUAGGGUCUCAGGUUCACUUGGUAGCGUAGCUUACCUUUGUAGGUAGCUACUGUCAUUUAUGUAGCCGUAAGCAAUUCUAUUUUCUUUUCUUUUCUUUUUUGAAAUUUUUAGGCUUUUGAGGCUUGAGAUGUAGCUGGCUGUCAGGAAGGAUCUGUCGUUACAUUGAUAUGGUGUCAAAUUCUUUUUUAUCAGGACGAAGAUUUGAUG